AUGGUCCCCGCCGCCGCUCUUCUUCCCCUGCUCGCCUUCGUUGCUCCGGCGCUCGCGAAGAACAACAAGCGCGGCCUCGCGUACUCCGACAAGACCCCGCUGGACGAUAUCAAGGCUGCGACGGUCGACAAUGGCGCGGCGUCGUGGGUGUACACAUGGCAGACGCUGCCUGCGGACCAGAUCAAGAACUCUGGUCUUGAGUUUGUCCCGAUGCAGCACGACCGCAAUGGGCUUGCGGACCUGUCGGCGAACCUCAAUGGCUUGGGGGCGAAGAUCGUGUUGGGCUUCAACGAGCCAGAGCGCGGCGACCAGGCGAACAUCCCCGUUGCUGAAGCCGUCCAGUACUACAAGGACAACUUUGUCUCCCUGCACGACUCUGGCGUCCGCGUUGGUGCGCCCGCUGUCAGCGCCGCACCCGAGGGCCAGCAAUGGAUUAAGGACUUCAUGAGCCAGUGCGGUGAUGGCUGCGGUAUCGACUUCGUCCCCCUGCACUGGUACGGCGACGGCGCGCAGUACUUCCUGGAUUACGUGAAGGAGUUCCACGGCUGGGUGAACAAGCCGUUGUGGGUGACUGGUGUGUCUUGA